GGCCUAUUUGCCAUACCGGAGUGGGGGAAGACAAUAGUAAAUAGAAAACCAAGAUUGCGUCUUGCUUCAACCACUUUCUCUCUAUACGGAUCCUCAGCUCUUCCUUGAUCCUUCGUCUCGGGAAUCACCAUGACUAUGCAAUCAUCUAAACCUCGCGAUGACCAAAACAACGAUUCAGAGAGCUCAUAUUCCAAUUUUCCACCAAUGGAUGUCUCCAUUGCAUUUCCUCAAGCAACACCAGCUUCAAUCUUUCCACCUUGCACCUCAGACUACUAUCACUUUGCUGACCUUCUUACCCCUGAGGAACAAGCUCUAAGACUGAGAGUAAGAGCAUGUGUGGAGAAAGAAAUUGCUCCAAUAAUGACCAAGUAUUGGGAAAAGGCAGAGUUUCCAUUUGAAGUUGUUCCGAAACUAGGAGCUUUGAAUAUAGCUGGUGGAACUAUCAAGGGGUAUGGUUGUCCAGGUUUUUCUGUCACUGCAAAUGCAUUAGCUACAGCUGAAAUAGCCAGAGUUGAUGCAAGUUGCUCUACUUUUAUUUUAGUGCAUUCUUCAUUGGCAAUGCUCACUAUAUCUCUAUGUGGAUCAGAAACACAAAAACAGAAAUAUUUACCUUCACUUGCAAAACUAGACACUAUAGCUUGUUGGGGUUUGACUGAACCUGAUUAUGGAAGUGAUGCAAGUGGCCUUAGAACAACAGCAACAAAGGUGGAAGGAGGAUGGGUGAUUGAAGGCCAAAAAAGAUGGAUUGGAAACAGCACUUUUGCAGAUAUUUUGGUUAUUUUUGCUAAAAACAAAAAUACAAACCAGAUAAAUGGAUUCAUUUUAAAGAAGAAUUCACCAGGGCUAAAAGCGACAAAAAUAGAAAAUAAAAUUGGUCUCAGAAUGGUUCAAAAUGGAGAUAUUCUUUUACAAAAAGUUUUUGUCCCUGAUGAAGAUAGGUUACCUGGGGUCAACUCUUUCCAAGAUACAAGCAAAGUGCUUGCGGUUUCCCGUGUCAUGGUUGCCUGGCAACCUAUCGGCAUCACAAUGGGUGUCUACGAUAUGUGCCAUAGAUACUUAUUAGAGAGAAAGCAAUUUGGAGCUCCAUUAGCAGCAUUUCAAAUCAACCAACAAAAGUUAGUUCAAAUGUUGGCUAAUAUCCAAGCCAUGUUUUUGAUUGGUUGGCGGCUUUGUAAGUUGUAUGAAAGUGGUAAAAUGACUCCGGGUCAAGCCAGCUUGGGAAAGUCAUGGAUCACCUUGAGGGCUAGAGAAACCGUUGCAUUGGGUCGUGAGUUACUUGGUGGGAAUGGAAUAAUAUCCGACUUUUUAGUUGCAAAGGCUUUUGGAGAUUUGGAGCCGAUUUACACAUAUGAAGGAACGUAUGACAUUAACACGUUGGUGACUGGUAGAGAGAUCACGGGUAUUGCUAGUUUUAAGCCCGUUAUAAAGAAGCCCCAAAUCAGCCGUUUGUAAUUUGAAUGUGUUGUGGAAUUUGUUGUGUUAUUUAGGUGGUUCAUUUGUGUAAGACAAAGUUAAGUGUUGUUUAAAUAAAGUUGUCUUUUAUAAAUGAUGAUUAAAAAAUAUUUUAAUAAAUGAUGACUUGAAAAAAUAAA